GCUUGUGACCCUUGCGGCCCCCUAGAUUCAGUGAGAGCAAACUGGGUGUCUUAGGUGUCUGACAUCUGUGGCACGCUUUCAGACACAAUAUGCAUUACUCGCACUAGCGCGUAGGACGCUGUUUCUAACUAUAACUCGUAGUUACGUGGUCAAAUAAUUCAUUGUCCCGCUUGAAUCACCACGCAGGAUUUGUCAGCUUCCCCCCGUUUUCACGAGCUUUCAAGGCACGACGCAAGUUCCCGGUAUGGCGUGAUGUGCGUCGCGUCGUUAUCCCGUCAGUGCGCGGACAGGCCACGACGUCGCCGCGCGUUACUAUGCCGACGAGUCGUCCCCUUGCUCCUCGCCGUGCACGCCUGCUUCGUCCUCGCUUCUCCCGCGACAGCUGGAAUCUACGCCCCCCCGCGAUUGACGCAAGACGAAUCGACGGAUGGCGUGCGCUCAUGGAGCCACGUGUCGGCCGUCAGUUCCCCGACCAACGCAGCAGCCGGCCAUCUGGCUCCCUCUCAACUGAGAGCGCUGCUGACGCUGAACCGCGUGUGGAAGGCGUGGCCCGGCAAUGGCGCCAGGACGCCGGCAUGUGCGCAAUGGACGGGCGUCGCCUGCGACCACCAAGGCCAGGUCACCUCCCUGUCUCUACCUGACAUGGGUAUAUCGAGCGUCAUUCCCACUGACAUCCGCUUGCUAACGGCUCUGCAGCAAAUUGAUCUGUCGUACAACGACUUCAAACAGGCCCUCCCUCUGGAUGCGUUUGGUCAGCUGAAGCAGCUAAGAGCCCUGAACCUCUCGUUCAAUCUGGACCUGACUGGGUCCAUCAACAUGCUCACAUCUCUUCCUCUGCUGCAGCAAGUCGACCUGUCCAACACUCAGAUCGGUGGAUCCCUCCCCUCCGCCAUCUCCUCCCUCACCCGCCUUGGACACUUGGAUUUGACCCUCUCCCAGGUAUCAGGAAGCCUCCCAGCCACCAUGAGUCAACUCUCCACGCUCUCGUACCUCUCCCUGCGGCAGCUGAACAACCUCACAGGAGUCAUGUCGCAGUACACUUGGCUCUCGCUCCUCACCAACCUGCACACUCUGGACAUCACCAGUGCGCACGACAUAUCCGGGGACCUCUCCACCAUGUCUCUCUUCUCCACGCUCGGCUCUCUGCGCCGCCUCACCUUCAGCGACAUGCACAUGUGGGGCGAGCUGCCUGUCUCCCUUGCGCUCCUGCAGAACCUCACCUAUCUAGACCUGUCUUUUCUUCGUUUCAGGCAGCUUCCUUUCUGGCUCACAGCUCUUUCCGAGUUGCGAUACCUGGACGUGGCUCACGAGGCCAACCUGCGCACAGGGGCAGUCCCACAGGACCUGUCACGACUCUCACACCUUGAGUACUUUAAGGCCUAUGGCAACGGGCUGCUUGGCUUCCUGCCAGAGUCGUGGGGGUCCCUCACCAACCUCACCAUGCUGUCGCUGGAGAACAACCAGCUCGUGGGGUCCAUUCCUCACCAGUUCUCUUCCCUGCGCUCCCUCAAAACCCUCAACCUCAAGCUCAAUCAGCUCUCAGGCUCGCUGCCCGACGUCUUCAGCACCACCCUGGAGAAUUUAAUGCUAGCAGCCAACAAGUUCGGGGGCAGCAUUCCCUCUUUCGUCGGCCGCUUGGUGCUUCUCACUGACCUGGCGCUGCAGGUCAACAGCUUCUCGGGUGCCAUUCCCCCGCAACUCACGGCCCUCACUGGCAUCACAGAACUCUAUCUCAUGGGCAACUUCCUCUCUGCUGGGCUGGAAGUGGUCAGCGAGAUGAACUGGCUGUACCUGCUCGACGUUACUAAUAACAGCUUCUCUGGCUCCCUGCCGGCUUCCUUCUCCCGCCUCACCAGUCUCGAUGCCAUCAAUCUUUCGUACAACAACUUUGGGGGAACUUUCCCCUCUGUCUUACUCACCCUCACACAGCUUGGGUUGAUAGACCUAUCGUACAACAACUUUGGCGGUCCCAUACCGCGCGAAAUCACCGCCUUCAGUAACCUCAUGUAUCUGUACAUGGAUCGCAACCAUAUGGUGGGCGACAUUCCCCCCGGCCUCUUCCUCUCGCCCAAAAUCUUUGAGCUGUCAUUCGCAUACAACAAUCUGCAGGGUGCGCUCCCUCCCCAGCUCAGCACAAGCUCCUCUCUUGCCAUGCUCAAGCUCGAGGGCAACAGCUUCUCAGGGCCUCUCCCGGACUUCAACGGCUGGUGCAACUCCUCCCUCACUGCCCUGUACCUUGGUUUCAACAACCUCACAGGCCCCAUUCCCCACUCCAUCAGCGUCCUCUCCUCCCUCUACACCCUCACUCUGCAGGGCAAUCAGCUCUCAGGAUCAAUUCCCUCCGGCCUUGCGGCGCUCAAGCAGCUCAACAUGCUGUGGCUGGCAGACAACUCCCUCUCAGGCCCCCUGCCCGAGUUCCUUGGCGGGCUGAAUGCGACCAUACAGCUGCUGUUGGACGGCAAUGCGUUCGAGGGGCAGCUGCCAGCGAGUAUCUGCAACCUCACAGCGCUGGAAGUCAUAGGCGUGCGCAACAAUCGACUCUAUGGCAGCUUCCCCACCUGCUUGUUCGACUUCCCCGCCCUUAACUACGUCGACAUGAGCAACAACUCCUUCUACGGCCCCAUAAACCUUGACUUUAUCGGCAUGAACCCCACACCCACCGACGGCGUCAGCAGGCCUGCAGUCAUCAACUUAGCCUUCAACUACUUCUAUGGCGAACCGAUAGUCUACGCAGGGGGCUUUAAGGCGUGCCCCACGCCCCGCGUCACUCGGAUCAACAUGUCCGAUCUUAAUACCAUGGGGUAUAGUGCCGGGGGAAAUAAGCGCAGGGCUUUUACAGCGGGUCUGCAGUGCGUGCAGGCGUAUGCUACAGUGCAGGCGAGCUAUAAAGGAAACUGUCUGUCGCUCAAUAAGCAGCUCAAGUGCGCCGUGAAAGAGGUGCAGAGGGGUGAGGAGGAGUGUGCAACGUUCUGCAGUAUAACAGACCUGGGGCCGUGCAAUGGGAGGGGGGCGUGUGUGCCGCCCACCCAGGGAUCUACUGGCGAGUUCCGGUGCCUGUGUGAGGCGCCCUACGUCACUGUCACCAUCGCCAACGGAUCCACCUGCGCCCUCGCCACUGAGACCACCUCGUCCUCCCUGUCAACAGCCGCCAUCGUGGGCAUCUCCCUCAGCUGCUUCGUGGGGCUCUCUGUGCUGGCAGCCGUGCUGCUCAUCCUGUUGCGGCCCAAGAGGAGGAGGCGGUGGGACGACCUGGACGUGUGUCAGCAGUUUUCUCUCGACAUGCUGCGCGAGGCCACGGGCAACUGGGCGGAAGAGAACGUGCUGGGGGAGGGGGGUUUCGCCGUGGUCUACCAGGGGGUCAGCCCCACCACCGGGCAGAUGUGGGCUGUUAAGCGGAUCACCCUCAUGUCGAACGACUUUGAAACAGAG